AAUUCCAUGAAUCCAAUAAUGACAGGAAAAUAUAUACAAUUAACAUUUCAUCUGAGGAAGAUACUGUGAACGAUUUAAAACUUGUGAAAAUUUUUAGAGGAUUAUAAAAAAAUAAAACAUGGCUGUUUCAGGCAAAAAAGCAUUAAAACAAUUUUCAUCUUUAACACAAUCCAUUGCAUCAGAUGAAUAUCUUCAAGUUUACUGUCAACCUUGUGACGAGGAAGGAGCCAGAAUUCCUGCCCAUGGUUACUGCACAGAUUGCAAGGAACAUUUAUGCAAGAAUUGUUUCACAGUCCAUAAAAAGCAUAAACUUUCCAAACAUCAUACACUUCUGGAUGCAACAAGAAUGCCUAAAGUUCUGCAUCAACCCACAUCAUCCACCCACACUGGCCAGUCUGAUAAUCUUACCACACCCUGUUCCAAACACGCGAAAGAAAUUAUCAAGUUCUACUGUCACGACCAUAAAGAAUUACUCUGCAGUGUUUGUGUUACCCUUGAACACCAAGCGACAUUCUGCAAAGUCAACUAUAUACCCAAUAGUUCUGGUAAUAUAAUAGACAGCAAAGAAUGUCAAGAUAUAUUUGAAAGCAGUAAAUAGCACUUCUGACCAGUAUCAGCAGUUUGUGGAAGAUGCCAAAAAGAUGACAAAUAAGUCCAACAGCUCUCUUAAAGAUGCACUAGCAGACAUUAAAAUGUUCCGGCAAGAAAUCAACCAAAGACUUGAUGAACUGGAAAGGCAGAUUGAAGAUGCAGCUAAUGUCAUACAAAAAGAAAACAACAAACAUCUGAAAGCAGUAGAAGAAAUAUGUGAAGAUAUAACCAAAUGUCUGAAAACAUCAUCAGAUACCAUUAAACAACUCAACACAUCAAAAGAAGCUGAUAAACUCUUCAUGGAACUUAAACUUGCAGAGAAAACAAUGAAAAAUGUGGACGGAAAGAAACUUCAACUUUCAUCAUAUGAUAUCAAAGAAUUUAAGUUAAAAACGAAUGAUGCAAUAUUAGAUCGUCUUAAAACAGAGAAGUCUUUGGGUACAUUGAUACAAAGAACUUUAAAAAUUAAAUCUCCAUCUGUACAAAUAAAGUAUCGACAAUCUUCACAUCAGGGAGAUAUCUGCGUGAAGACAUCAAAAGAUAAAGACAGUUGCUGGAUAACAGGAAUGACUCUGCUGACUCCUGAUCUUCUUAUCAUCACUGACUACAAAAACGAUGCUGUAAAGAUGGUGGAUACCAGCAGUCAAUCCGUGUCAUAUCAUCUACAACUAAAUGAUUCACCAUGGGGUAUCACCACAGUAACCAGUACUAAACUUGCUGUCACACAUACUUACAAACAAACAAUACAGUUUAUAUCAAUCUCAUCAAACAAACUUAAAAAGAAGGACACUAUGAAAGUAAAUGGACACUGUCAUGGUAUAAGCUGUUACCAAGAUAAACUUUUUGUGACAUACCGUUAUCCUGGAAAACUCCAGAUCCUUGAAAUGAAUGGCACUAUACUGACAACAACUGAUGAUAAAAUUAUUUUCAAAGACCCAGAUUAUGUAACAUGUAACAAAAGUUCUAUCUAUGUAUCUGACAGGAAGAUGAAAUCAGUAACAAGAUUAAACUGGCAGGGUGAUGUAGUAGGUAGCUAUGGCUGUGCAGGUGCACCAAGAGGAAUAUCACCAUCAAAUGAUGGUACUGUCUUUGUGUGUGGCUGGGACAGAAAUAUUAUAGAAGAGAUAUCGGAAGACUGCUCUACAGGAAAGGUUGUACUGCAGGAUGUGAUUGAUCCUUUUGCUGUAUGUUGGUCUGAUGAAACAAAGAAGUUGUAUUUCAGUUGUAACUGUUCAACUUCUGAUACAAAUUAUGACUUCAUUUACAUGCAUAAACUGUCAUAAACUUGGACACAGAUGAAUCAAUACAAUAUCAACAGUUCUUAAAAUGUGUAGUAAAAUAUCUGGAAAUUUAUUUUUCUACAAAAACCUGAUAGGCUUAUUAUAAACCACAAUAAAAAUAUAUUUGUAAUUGUGA